AUGCAUAAUUGCAACCGAGUGCUAUUUCCGGGAACGCUAGGUACCAUUUUCCUUUUAUUCAUUCUUUUCAGUGCUUGCCUUGUCAAAUCAUAUUAUGGGACUCGUAUUGAGAAAGAGUCUGUUGUAAUUAUACCUGCAUUUGGCGUGCAACUGGAAGCUCAAUACUGGAGUGGGAGAGUUGUUCGUAGCUUUAUUCCUAUUGACAAAAUACUGAAACCUGUCCUGAAUGAGAAUGUGACUCCAUUCACUUGUUACUGGAGCCUGGCUUUGCUUGUCCGUGGCAAAAAAGAACUUAUGUUAGCAUUCAAGGCAGUACAACCACCGGUGAAACUGUUGGUUCCCAUCUGGAAGGCUUUGUGUGCUGCCACUUAUAGCGGAGAAACUACAGAAUUUCCUGCAAAAGUUGAUGAAUAA